CAGGAUAUUGCAGCUGUAUUCAGAGAAGAAAACUCUACCUUGGUUCCCUGUAUGCUGUGGCAGCUGCACAUUUUAAAGGACUUGUCAGACCUUACACAGUCCCUUGUGACAGACCUGUUAAACAGGAUUAUCCUGAAGGCAAAGACAAACAGGAACAAGAGCAAAAACAGUAACAUUGUGAGUAACAAAGUAAAGAAAGUGAAUCUUGCUGAGCCAGGACCAUCAUGCACAGUGCCACAGAAUGGUGAAACAUCUGGUUUGUGUAAUGGAGAAGUGGAAGAAGCAAAUAGACAAUGGAAAGGGUAAAAGUUGUCUACAAGCAAAACAUCCAUUGUUAAUUAAAACAAGCAAGGGUUUCCGUUCCACUGGAAAUGUAAUUUGUGCACCUAAGGGAGGGUACCACAUAGUCCCUAUGCCCUUUUCCCUCUCCCCCCUGACUCUUGGCAUGCAGCAGAGACUAAUUCUGCAGUAUCUGACUCCCUUGGGAGAAUAUCAGGAGUAUUUGGCAUCCCUUCUUUGUCAUAAAAAGUUUGCCACAGAAUUUGUGACUCAUAACGGUGUCCAGCGGUUACUAGAAGUGCCCCGCCCAUCUGUGGCUGCUACGGAUGUUCUAUGUGUUUAUAUUAUCUCGCUUACAAUGAGGACGCCAUGGAGAGGAACUACUGAGUAAUGAUGAGGUGUUUGGCAGCCGGCAGACAGCAAAUCACACUUGCAUGGCUCUACGGAGAUACUUUAAUGC